CCUGUGCUUGUCAGUCAGGCAUUAGUCUAACUUCACAUUCCAGGCGAGGACACUGUGAGAGUCUCUCCGCGUCACUUUGAAACUGAGCAACGUCUUCGGCAACAACUUCUCUGGGAAAAGAGGUUUCAGCAUUCAGAGGUGGAAAACAGCCAUGGCGACAGCUGACAAUACCAACGAUGAACAAGUUGUACCAGGAGACAUUGAACAAGAUGAUGUCCAUUCUGUGCAGGCCCGAUAUCUACGCAGCCCAUCGCCUAGCAGGUUUUCCAUUGUAUCAGACACAGACACAGAGAGCAUCUUCAUGGAGCCCAUACAUCUAUCACCUGCAGUUGCUGCAACUAAGAUUAUUAAUGAAGAAUUGAAGCCCAGAGAAAUAAAAGUUGAGCCAAUGUCGCCAAAAAUGAUGGAAUCAGCUGAGCAGCUGCUAGUGGAAGACCUCUAUAAUCGGGUGAAAGUGAAGAUUGAUGACAGAAGCAAAUACAACACCCCCUGUAUCAUGGACAUCCAGCAUGCUCUCAUGCAGAAAAUGGAGGCGCCCCUGGAGAUAAUAAAUGAGGUGUGGCCCAAUGUCUUCAUUGCUGAAAAGAGUGCAGCUGUGAAUAAGGGCCGACUGAAACGACUGGGGAUCACACACAUCCUCAACGCUGCCCAUGGAACGGGCGUCUACACCUCAAAAGCUUUUUACACGGGAAUGGAAAUGGAGUACCUUGGAAUUGAAGCUGAUGAUUUCCCUGACUUUGACUUGUCUAAGUACUUCCGUAAAACUGCCGAAUUUAUGGAUGAAGCUCUCUUAACGUGCCGCGGUAAAGUUUUGGUUUGCAGUGUAAUGGGAACCAGUCGAUCAGCAGCAUUUGUGGCCGCCUACCUUAUGAUCUUUCACCAUUUGACAGUCAUGGAGGCAUUAAUGACUCUGAGGAAGAAACGUCCAAUCUACCCAAAUGAAGGGUUCAUAAAGCAGCUUAGGGAACUAAAUGAGAAUCUUUUGGAUGAGCGUAGCCAGUGUGAUCUUGAAGAUGACGAUGAGACCCUCAGCCAGUGUUCGGUGAUUGAAGCAAAAGCCCAUCCUAUAUCUGUGGCUGAGGAGGAAACCCAGAGCAUCGUGGGGGUUCAGGCACAUUCUAUCAUGGUGGAGGAGGAAGAAGACACAUCAAGUUUAAUUGCUGGCAGCUUAAUGAGUUCUGUUGCAAAGACUAACGUUACUUCCAAAGACCCAUUAAUCGACGAGGAGGAAGAGGAAAGGAUUUAUAAAGAAUGGAGAGCAAAACAAGGUUUGUCACCAAUAGAAUCUACAUACAAACCAAGAAAGAAGAGUCCUGAGCUCCCCGAUGACCCCGAGAAAGGGAACGAUCUUGAUAGGUUAAUCAGAGAAUGGCAAAGUAAAAAUGAAAAGUUUGAAAUGGAUCUUAGUUGCCAGUUCCUGAGCAACAAUGAAGGUGAUGCAGAAUGCCUAGGUGCAAGAAGAAGACAACUUGCCAGUGACCGAGACGGCACAGAAAGUGUUAGCAGUAUUGACAGUGAGCUUCUUCAACAACGUUUGGAAGAUUGUUUAAAUAACCGACACAGAGCUCGGCACGACUCCUUAUCCACUGAAGCCAGCACAUGGGACAUAUGGGAUGAGCGAUUGCUUGAGAUUAGCAAGAGAGCCGCAAGAGGUGAUGAUAGUAGCAGCAUGGCUUCUUUUAGGCUUGGUGAAAAGGGGAGAGAGCUAGAUGACGAAAGUUCCAUGUGCUCAGAAACGAGCUCUAUGUAUAACUUCUGUAGGAAGAACAAAGACAAGCUGACACCACUGGAAAGGUGGCAAAUCAAACGGAUACAAUUUGGAUGGAACAAAAAGGAUUUGAAAGCAGACAAUGAGAAUAAAGUUGAAGCAAGUGAGGAGGAGGAGGAGGGAAGGGAGAAAAAAUCUCUUGCUGAUGUCAACCUGACAGCCUAUCAGACUUGGAAGCUGAAACAUCAGAAAAAAAUAGGAAAUGAAAAUAAAAAUGAGGUGAUUGAUUUAACAAAAGAUGAAGAUACUGCAUCUAAGAGAACUCAACAAAGACGUGCUGAGCUCUUAGAACGCACUAAACGUACACUGGAAGAGAGCAGGUCCUUAUCCGAGUGUGAGACAGGGAGUUCCUUGAGUGGAAGUGUCCCAUUCUCUCUCUUCUUUUCCAAAAUACCUGACCAAGGUGCAAGUGAACAAGGUGGCUCAGUGUUAAGUAUGCAGAGUGGUGCAUCAUCAACGUCUAGAGCCAGAACGGCCUCAACUACAACAGUUCCCAUGCCACCUUUGCAAGUAAACCCUGAUUCUAGUGUAUCACUCUCAAGCAUUCAGGAUUGGAUUGCUUCUGUGGUGAGUGAACAAAUUGCAAUAAAGCAAUCUGAGAUUAUGAACGCUGCAACACCAUUGGGCAAUAACGGCCACCUCCGGGCCACUGGAAAAAGCAACGAAGAUGACAAAAUGUCGCAUUUCAGCAUGCAAAGUACUGGUUCCCUACAGCAGCCGAGAGCAGCUCAGAGUGCGGAUACACAGUCUGUCCUGUCCUACAGCAGUCUGUCUAGCCUGAAGUCUGAAAGCUUGCGUUCAAAAGAGAUUGCAAAGACAAGCAAGCCACUGUACAGCUUGUUUGCAGAUGAAAUUGAUCUUGAAAAAUUAGACUGCAGAAACAAAGAGAUUAAGAGUGAGAUGAAAGAUAAAAUGGAUGCAUACCAAAAAGAAAAAAUCAAUGUGAACAAUAAGCGCAGCACAUUAUUUAGAAAGAAAAAGAAGGAUGGAAACGAUGAUGAGGAUUUGAUUGAGACAAAUUCAAGAUUUUCUCCCUCUUUGGGGACAGAUAAGUUUGACGUACAAUCUAAUAUCUCAGGAAAUCUCUCAUGUGCAGGCUCAAGUAUUCCAGAUCCAACUCACAGUAUCCAUAAAUGGCUUAGUGAUGUCAAGGAUGUACCUGCUAGCAACAAAAAAUAUGACUCAAUUACGAAGAGUGAAACAAAACCCUUUCAGGCUUCCUACCUCCGUGAUCCAAGUUAUGGGUCAAUGCAAAAUGCUGCAGAAGUACCAGAUUUGUAUGUAACAAGAGAUGAUUUAAAGUCACCAUUGAGAGACUCAGGAGAGUAUCCAUCCAGACAAUUUGCCUCUUCCUAUAAAUCAAAGGAAUUUGAUAAUAACUCUAAGCUGAGGUAUUCUAAUCCUUCAUCUGAUUUGGAAUACUCGUAUUUCCCCAGAUCACUGGCUGAUGAGGCAGGUAGUUCCAGAGAUUCCUAUUCUGGAAGGUCCUUCAAGGAGAUGCAACCUCCAUGUCCAAGUGACAAGUGGCAGCAGCCUGAACAACGACCAACUCACCCUGUCCCCAGGAGAUCUCGAAUGCACAGCCCGGAGACAGAGCACAACGAUAAUACAGUGGAAGUGCAUGCCAAGAGAAAAUUUAAGCAGAGUUUUGCAUCCGUAGAAGAACAGGGCUUCGGAAAAGUUAAUGACAGUGAUCUUGAGAAUCCUACAGUAAAGAAAGGUUUGAAGACUGCAUCAAUGAACAACAGUGAUGAAGAAGAUGACAAGAUUAUAGCUGCUUGGAGGAGUCGUCAGCAAAGUAGAAUCAAAGAUAAAAAAAAGUAUCAAAAUGAAUAAAUGCUAAGAAUCAUUAGUAGAAUAAAAAUGAUAAAUGAGAAAAUAAUCCCAGUGGCCGUGCAUUCAUUGUGCACUAUAGAAAUUAGGUUCAGAAAUUCAAAUCUCCAAUGCUCACACCCCAAUGGACCAAAUGGCCCACUGAUAACCUAGAACAACACAAAUUUCCAUGAUUUCUACUCUAUAUUGUACCGACACAGAGUACCUAAUGCAGUACCUCUUGUUUUGCUGAAUGGUUUUAAUAUUAAGUUUAUACUUAGAAAGAGAUAUAGUUAGUUUAAUUCUUCCUGAUUGGUAGGAAUGGGGGUAGUGAAUUCCAUUUCCUCCUGUAUUUUCAUCCACCUGCAAUUUUGAAGUAUGUGUGUGAGUGUUGAGGACCUAUUAGGAAACAUUGAGGCUGCAAGGGAUAAUUUUAAAAGCAAGUGUUCCUCUAUGAAUGCUGGUAGAGCAGGAAUACAAUAUAGAUCUGCCUAUGGCCCAACUCAAAACGCCUGCUCAGUACUGCAAGAAUUACUGACUGUUGGUAACUUGGCAUCUGGAAAUAAAACUAACCGUAGCAUUUGUCCUUCAGAAAAUCAGAAGUGAGUUGUCAUUUCAUAUCCUUACAGUAACAAUCUGUGUUUUAGUUAUGUCUAAGGUUGCAGUAUACUUUAUUGUGUCGAGAUAUGAACACAGUAGAAACUAGUUGAGCAUAGCUUCAUGCCAUAUUACCGUGCUAUAGUAUUUCUUAUUUCAUACCACAGUGAUUUUAGUUACUUCAUGAACAAGAGGUUGGCAAUGUUCUUUUCUUGUUUGUGGAUGGAUAAGAAUUAUUCAUCAUUUUUGUUAUAACAAAACCAUGAUACAAGAUUUAGUGACGUGCUUUUGUGAAUGAUUGAAACAAUAUAUGGUUUACAAUUUCUUUCAAAAAUCCCUUUGAUAUGCUUCAUAUAACAUUCUUUGCAAUGUAAUUACAGUCGCACUGUGAGUUCGGCAGUCAUAUAUGGCAAGCAGUUUGUGCUAACUAAUGUUAAUUGAGGAAGGAAUGUUAAUUGGGUAAUGUUGAGAGGCUUUUAUCCUUGGCUAUAACGUCUGCCAUUUGGUGUCAUGGUUCGAGAACAACUGAAUGGUUAUUUGAGACUGAAAUUAGGAGAAAGCAGUAUUUACUUGGAAGCGUGAAUGUUUUGAAUCUUCUAUCCUAUAUAUUUUGGAUAGAAGGGAAUUGGUAGAUAUGGUGAAGGGACUAGAAAUAGGAUUAGAGGUGAAAGAUCUGCAGGUAUUUAAUUGUUUGCAGAGCUGGAUACAGUGGUCACAUAACCUAUUUUUUUUAAUGAUAGAAUUCCUUAUUUCCUUUUACUCACUCACAUUUAUUGUAUGUUUAUAAGCUGACGGAUAUAAUCGGUCAAUGUUUCCCUUGAAUAUAAUUUCCCUUCAGGACAGUAGUAUGAGUACAUGCAUAUUGGAAUAAUGAUGAGUUAUCAUCAUGUCUUUUGAGUUUAUCCUUUUACCCUUUGCACUGUGAGUUUGGCGUGACACUGGAUAGGACGCUCUCAUUUGCCACCCACAUCCAAAAACUCCGAGGGAAAGUUGGCUCUCGCAAUUCUCUCUUGAAAAAAUUAGCAGGCACGAAAUGGAGAGCUAAUGCUCACACACUUAGAUCAACUGCCCUAGCACUCUGCUAUGCACCUGCAGAAUAAUGUGCACCCGUGUGGGGCAGAUCAGCCCAUGCAAAGAAAAUAGACCUGUUGCUUAACGAAGCCUGCUGAAUAAUGACGGGCACACUACACCCCACACACACUAACAUCAUUUACAGACUUGCAGGCAUUGCUCCCCCAGAGAUCCGGAGACACACUACAACAAAAAUUGAAAAAGGUAAACAGAACUCGGAUCCACGGCACCCACUACAUCAUCACGUGCCAGUUUCCAACCGCCUAAAAUCGAGGAAAAGCUUUGCUACAGUGGAGGAACUACCGCAUGGAACAUCCCCCCCAAACAUACAGGAUUGACCUCUGGCAAUAAACAGAAGCCGGAACCCCACUAAACAAUACAGUGUAAGAUCCCACAGAAAUGUUGCCAGACGGGGCACUGCUUGACAGACGGAAGUGGUGCACUCUCGACAGAGCGAGAGCGGGAGUUUGUAGGACGGGAGACAAUAUGGUGAAGUGGGGUUUAAAGACCAGCAAAUCCUGUGAGUGUGGCGAAAGGGUGCAGAACAUUGAACACAUUCUGCACAACUGCCCACUCUCACCUGAUUUAGCUGACACUGACCUGCUCAACAUCAACCAAACAACACUAGAGUGGCUGGCUGGCUGGUGUGACAAGCUACGAUGAUGAUGUCUUUUGAGUAAGUGGAACUUUGUGGAAAAAAAUCACAAUGUUCUUCAAGAAUCUGACUUUCUUAAUAUUACACUUAUUUUGCAACU